GUUUUGAUAGACCGGAUAUACGGGGAUAUUCGGGGCGAAUUUAACCGUCAUGCGCGUGGGGCCUUUGGUGGCCGCCGAACGAAUGACGUCACGAAUGGCGUAGUAAUACACGAGACAGGGAGCGCAUGGCGAGUGGAGUGUCCGCAGAGGCUGCGCGAACUGGGAACUGCUUUCGAUUGUUGGCGGGCGCCGCCAUCUUGGUCAGUGAGCUUGCGAGUGGCUGUACGACGAGGUGUACGUAUUUCGGUGAAACGAGGAUUUCGUGCGAUUUCCCUGGAACCUUUCGUCCGGCCCGUGAAAUCUAGAAGCAUCCAAGAUGUCGGAACGGGAGGACAACGUUUACAAAGCGAAACUGGCGGAGCAGGCGGAGCGUUACGACGAGAUGGUUGAGGCGAUGAAGAAGGUCGCUUCGCUGGACGUAGAGCUGACCGUCGAGGAGAGGAACCUUCUUUCUGUUGCCUACAAAAACGUAAUCGGGGCGAGAAGAGCUUCCUGGAGAAUAAUCUCGAGCAUCGAACAAAAGGAGGAGAGCAAGGGCGCCGAAGGCAAACUCGAAAUGAUCCGUCAGUACCGGUCCCAAGUAGAGAAAGAGCUGAAAGACAUCUGCGCCGAUAUCCUCGGUGUCCUGGAUAAACAUCUGAUUCCAUAUGCAUCCACUGGCGAAUCGAAAGUCUUUUAUUACAAAAUGAAGGGCGACUACCACCGUUACCUGGCCGAGUUCGCCAUCGGUAACGACAGGAAGGAGGCAGCAGAAAACUCGCUAGUGGCUUACAAAGCGGCCAGCGACACCGCGAUGACAGACCUGCCUCCGACUCAUCCCAUCCGUUUAGGAUUAGCGCUAAACUUCUCUGUAUUCUAUUACGAGAUACUGAACUGCCCAGACAGAGCGUGUCGCCUAGCGAAGGCAGCCUUUGACGACGCGAUCGCGGAACUAGACACUUUAUCCGAGGAUAGUUACAAGGAUUCCACCCUCAUUAUGCAGCUCCUCAGGGACAAUUUGACUUUGUGGACGUCGGAUAUGCAAGGAGAAGGGGAGGGUGAACAGAAGGAACAGCUGCAAGAUGUGGAAGAUCAGGACGUCUCGUAACUCUAACUGUAGUGAGUGUUAUAUUGCGUAUAUAAAACUGAGACACAGAAGAAAUACAAAAAAACUCUUAAUAACUCAUAAGCAAAAGAAAACAACUCGGCAGGUGGCAGUUCGGGGUGGGAUGGGGAGAUCUUUAGCGAUUGCGUGGCCCUAAAAACACGCACGUACGUACGGUUAAUUCCAAACAAAUAAAAAACCAAACAAAUCAUUCGAUAUAACACGCAUUGAAUUUACGAAGCACGCAGAAAGUACUUCUGCAAAGGACACGCACCUUGCGGUAAGAUAGAAACGGGAGACUGCAAAACAAAAUGCAUUUAGAGGGGCACUUUUCUUUGCCUUCUUCGCGAUAUACUGAGAGAAGAACCAUGAGCAAGCAAACGAAAAACAAAAAAAUGCUGUCUUUACAUUUGUGCAUGCCUGGCCAAACAAAAGCAAACGAGAACCAGAAAAAAAAGAGAAAAAAAACGAAUUAACGUGGACGAUGUCGAGAACGUGUUACGAGUGGGGCGUACACGCGUGUAUGGCCACCAAUAUAGUAAUAAAAUGGAAUGUAGCACGCCCCCUCAGUCCGUUGGGACGACGAUCAUCCCCCUCGCUUUCAUCGGUUCCAGUGAGUGAGAACGAAUUAACAAGUGUGUCCUACAACGUUUUACGAAUAGUGAAAAAAAAGCAUAUCUGCUUUGAUGUUUGACCGUC